GGCGGGGACCCGGCAGAGAUGCCGUGCCGCCCGGGCGAGCGCUUCCUGCUGCUGGAGCGCCCGGUCGCCGUGGGACAGGCGGGCUCCAAGGAGGUGGACGCGCUGGUGGCCAAGCUGGGCGAGGUGCUGCAGCUAAGCGCCCAGCGGGCGCCGCCGCCGCCCCGCGCCCCCAAGCACCUGGGGCCGGGCAGCGCCCGCGACCGCGCCGCCCCCUACUCGCCGCGGUGCUGCAGCGGCGGCGGGGCCGGGGCCGGGCUGCUGGCGCCGCGGGGACCGGCCCCGCCGCAAGCUCACUCGCAACACGUUGAGGCUCCGCGGCCGGAUCGGAGCGGCCAGCAGCGGGUGACCAAGCAGCUGUGCGGACGGGGCUGGCUGCGGAGCGCCGCCCGCCGGAGGAAGCAGCCUCCGCCGGGGCCGGGCGACGGGCCGGCGGAGGAGGAGGACCCGCACCGGCUCCUGCAGCAGCUCAUCCUUUCCGGCAACCUCAUCAAAGAAGCCGUCCGGCGGCUGCAGCUGGCGGCGGCGGCGGCGGCGGCAGCGGCAUCCGCGGCCUCCAGCGGCAGCGCCUCGGCGGGGAGCGGCGGCGCGGACGGCGAGGCGGCGGCGGCGGCGGCGGUGCAGCCCCUGCAGUAGCCGGCGGGGACGAGCGGCGGCGGCGGUGACCGGGGCGAAGGAGCGCGGCCGCUGGCGGCGGAGCCCCCGCCGGGCGGGCUGCGGGAGCGCGGUGCGGGCUCCGCCAGGAUGUAAGUGUGUCCCGGCAGCUGGGCCGCCGGGGCCGGUUGGGACGGGGAGGGUGCCCGAACCCCCCCGCCCCAAGGUCACCCACGGCGCGGACCCCGCGGAGCCCCAGCCGGCGAGGCCGCGCACGCCGCCCGCCCCGAGCCGUUGUUGUGCCCCCCUUCUCCUCUGCCUUCCCCGGGAGCUCCUCCUUCUCCUCCCCCCGCCGGGGCAGCCCGGCCGAGGCCGCGGACCCCCCCGCCGCCGGUCCCCCGCUGCCGCGGAGCUCCUCCGUCUCCCAGGAGCCAUUUGCAAUAAUCCUCGCUGACCCCGGCGGGAGGUGUUUCCUUUCCCCUCCCGGGCUGGUUUGGUUUUUUGUUGGGGGUUUAUUUGUUGUUAUUUUAACGUUUAUUGUUAUUAUUUCUCGUUGUGACUGUAUGAAGCAGUUUUUAAAAAUGUGAAUAUCAAAGCUGGAAGGCAGCUGGACUUAAAACAAAUGAGUGAAUGGAGCCUGAGAUGCAUUGUUCACAUAAGGUAGCCGACACAAGUUUUUUCUACCAAAAAGAAAAACCCUGAAUCCACCCUUUCCCGACAAACUCAAUGGCUCAAGUACAAGAUGCAGCUGUUGAUUUUAAAUAUAUGCACUUCGUACCGGAGCGUUUGAAAUGUGUUCCUGAUUUGCAGGACUUACUGUCUUAAUUAACCUGUCUGUAUUGAAUAAACGUGGUCUUGUUUUUA